AUGAGGAGAAAGGAGAGCCGCGUGAAGCUCAGCCCGAAUGAGGAGGAGCAGCUGCUGAGAGAAGAGCUGGACAGACGGAGGAAACUGCGCUUACAGCAGGUGCGAGAGCAGGAGCGCUUCAUUGCUGCACAGGUGCGCAGGCAGGUGCAGGAGCGCAGACAGAAGCAGCUGCAGACCCUGGCGGACUCCCUGCAGCAGCACUGGCAGCAGCAGCACACACACCGCCUGCAGGCCCUACACACACACUACCAGCGGAGCCUGAGCGCCGUCGGGGAGGGCCACCGCAGCGCUACACACAACGAGCCUGAUGAGCAGUGUGUGUCCCAGAAGCGUGUGGAGAGACAGGAGCGGGCCAAUGAGAGACAUCGAGAGGCACUGCGAGAGCUCAACACACGCCGACAUGAGGAGCAGCAGCAGCAGCGCAGGACCGAGCGCGUCUGCUGUGUGAUCUGCAGCGUCUCCAGCAUGCGGAUCUGCAGCGCCGCAGUCAGGCUCUCCACAGCGUCCCGGCGCAGGUCUUCCAGCCGCUCUACAGGCAGCAGGAGCUGCGGGACCAGCAGCAGCGGGACCUGGAGAUCGCCUUCCAGGACCUGUACACACACCAGCGCAAGGUCAAAGGUGACUGGCUGCUGCAGCUGGUCCCUGAGCCGCUGCCGCCUCUGUCUGCUGCCAGUCAUGACGAGGAGCUGGACGUGACCCUUGACCCCUGUGAGACCCCACCCACAGACUCUCCCGAAUCCUCUGCAGACCCUGGCAGACGGGCCCUGAGCACACUUCUGGAGCGCAUCCGGAGCCGCAGAGAGCCCCGCACAGGGGAGGAGGAGAGCGGAGGUGUGGAGGAGGAGGAGGAUCAGAGCGCAGGAGUGGAGGAGAAGCAGAAUACAGGUGUGGAGGAGCCGGCAACCACUGAUGGUCCUGAUGUCUCUGAUGAUGCUGUAGUGGCUGGACACCUGCUGCCCGCUGACCACACACACACUCAGGUGGAGGAGACGGCUGAGAGACAGAGCGGAGCACACACACACAUACAGGAGGCUGUGCUGCGGCAGCAGGAGGAGCAGCUGGCUCUGCUGGAGGAGCUGGAGGAGCAGCGGCGGGAGCUCCAGCAGCAGCUCACACACACUCUACACACACUGCAGGAGCCUGAACACCAGCAGGAGGAGAUCAGCAGCACACAUCCUGAACCACCUGCACAGGCUGAGUCAGACACAUUCAGACUCCAUCAGUACCAGCAGAGGCUCCUGCAGCAGAACCGACUGCACAGGCAGUUCAUUGCUGAAGCUCAGCGGCGGCUGCAGGAGCACCAGCAGAGUCUGAGGACACACUCCAGCAUGAGCAGCGCUGCAGAGACAGAGACAACACAGAAGAGGAAGAGGAUCUGUGUGUCUCUGCAGCUCCGAGAGCAGAGUCUGUCUGCAUCUGCACACACUCCUGCUGGAGGAUCUGCGUCUGCACACACUCCUGCUGGAGGAUCUGCGUCUGCACACACAGGAGGAUCACCACAGGACAGCCACACUGAGGAGGAACAUGCUGCUCCUGAGCCGGACACACUUCCUCUUCCUCCUUCACUUCCUCUUCCUACUAAUUUUCCAACUUCUCUUCCUCCUUCAGUUCCGCCCUCUUUUCCUCUUCGCCCUUCACUUCCUCCUGCUCUUCCAGCCUCUCUUCCUCCUUCGCUUGCUCCUUCUCUUCCUCUUCCUCCUCCUGCUGUGGUUCUGGAGCUCCUGCGCAGUCGUCAUCAUCACACACCGCUCCAGUCUGCAGAGGUCACGGGGUCAGGCUCCGGAUCAGCCUCUUCCUCUGGCCCUGGAUCAGUUCAUCAGAUGAGGAGACAGAGAGACGCCCUGCAGGCCCUGAUCGCUGCACACACACAGUCUCCAGUGUCCAGCUCUGCAGAUCAGCCGAUGCUCAACACUUUGCUGAGCCUCAUCACGGAGAGCGAUGACCAGCGGGACGCACACACCCUGUCAGACGGAGCGCCGGCUGCGCACACACACACUGCAGACGGUGUGUGUGCUCCUGCCCCAGUGCAUCGUGGGAGAGUGUGUCCUCCGGUGUCCCGUCCGCCGGUGCGUCUGGCCUUCCUCCAGCAGAUGGAGCAGCACGAGCUCAGUGCCAUACAGGAGGUGGACAGCCCAGCCAACCUGAGCCUGGACACCGGUGUGCAGGAGCAGGAGAGUGUGUCCAGCAGUGUGUCUCUGCCCGUCUGUCUGGUGACUGAGGAUGAGUUGGGUCAGAGUGAGGGCUCGCAGCUCACCGGACGCAUCAGCCGCAUGUCCUGGAGACACACACUGAUGCAGGAGUCCCGCAGCGCAAGUCAGUCCAGUGUUAAGAAGCAGCAGCUCCUGGAUCCAGGUGGUCUGUCCUCCACCACCAUCUCCACCGGCAGCUUCUCCAGCAGUGAGCACGAGUCCCUCAGCUUCACCACUGCAGACGCAGGUCAUGCCCCCUCCUCCUCCUCAGGCCGGGGUAGCAGAGAUGCUGUGCAGGAGAUCAUAGAGAAGUACAGCGAGGAGCUGAGCGCUUCACUCACACACACAGGCGCAGUGAGCAGCAGCUGGUCCAGUGUGCUUCAGGAGGAGUCUCUGCAUGAUGGAGACGCACACACCUCAGGUGUGUUCCGGCCGCUGCAGCCUCAUCCAGACAUCGACUCCUCCUCCUCUUCAUCUAGAGGUGCAGUGAGAGAUGAGCAGAGCAGCAGAGCACAGGGCUGGAGUCAGAUGGUCAGCAGUGUUCUGGAGCGUCUCUCUGAGCAGCUGAGCGUCACACACACACACUCUGAACACACACGCUGCGCUGCUGCAUCAGGUGUGGCGCUGCAGACUCGGCCGUCAUCAUCAUCAUCAUCAUCAUCAUCAUCCUCUGCCGCAGACGCAGGUGUGUGUUCCUCGCAGGUGUGUGUUCAGAGUGCUGCCGGGACGGAGGAAGAGGAGGAGCACCCAGACGACCCGUCGGCUGUGUUUCUGCCUCUGCCCACUGAAGUCACGCUGAACCAGAGCGUGGAUCUGUCAACGCUGCACGCAGAGCUGGCCGUCUCUGACUGGCUGGAGUCCGCCGAUCAAUCCCAUCAUGCCCUGCAGCAGAUGCGCUCUGAACCACAGGCCGAGCCUCAGGCCGAGACGUCAGCGGACCCGCUCUCCGUUACCCACGAGUCUCUCUGUGAGGCGGAGAACUCCAGCAUGAGCGCGCCACAGGAAGAAGAUCCUCCCGUACAGGAAGUGAUAUCAGCUGUGAAGGAGAGCACGCUGACGGAGCUGCUGGAGAGAGCACAGGCAGCAGGAGAGCUGAAGGGUAUUCUGGAGGAGUCUGUGCUGUCCUUCAUCAGUCUGCCGGACUCUGAGAGCUCUGCUGCUGCUCAGGAUGAGGAGCUGAGCCGUGCAGAGGAGCAGCACAGCGCCCAAUCAGAGCCGGCGUUCCCUCAUGCAGUGAUGCUGCUGGAGGCCCAGUGUUCUCCUGCUCAGCGUCGGCAUCGGGACCGUCUGGCUCAGAGAUCAGCGCUCAGAGCCGCACAGAUCAAACACACACACCGCAGAAACACCAGCAGCAGGAGGCAGAGAUGCUGCAGCGCACUCACAGGUUGUACAGUCAGCUGGAGGAGGUGAAGCAGAGGAAGCAGAUGCAGAUCCGCCAGCAGUCAAACGCCAACAACAGAGAGAGAGCCAGAGACUUCCACAGGAAGACCCUGGAGAACCUGAGGGCCAGACCCAAGAGCUGAUCAGCUGAGCGCAUCAGAUCUGUCCACCUCUGAUUACAGCAGGGUCAGUCUCUCAUGUGCUCAUUGGUUGAUUUGUGAUUGUCAGACGUGCUUCACAUUACUGAGGGACUGAUGGACGGAGGGACACCAGCUUGAGCCGGGAGAAGCUCUGGAACUCAUGAACUCUCCAUCUACUGUUUACUGUCUGUGUUCUACAUUGGAGUUUAUUAAACACGUAUAUUUUAUCUAUGCGGUCGGGAAUUAUAUUAAACUGUUUAUUUUGUUAAG